GCCGCUCUCGCGAGAUCGCUCCGCAGCGAGUUGGAUUCCAGGGCAGAGGGAGCUGAGCGGCUCGCGGGUCAAGCUUGGAAUCAUGGGGGACGACAGGCCUUUUGUCUGCAGUGCACCCGGAUGCGGACAGCGGUUUACUAAUGAGGACCACUUGGCUGUCCACAAGCACAAGCAUGAAAUGACCUUGAAAUUUGGACCCGCCAGAACAGAUUCGGUCAUCAUUGCAGAUCAGACACCAACUCCUACUCGGUUUCUGAAGAACUGUGAGGAAGUGGGGCUCUUCAAUGAGCUGGCCAACUCCUUCGAGCCAGAUUUCCCACGAUCUGUUGAAGAGGACGAUAAACGCUCCAAAGUCACGCCGGGUUCUCAGCCUGGAGUGCUGGAUAUGUCUCUUUCAUCAACCCCAGAUGUGAAAGUGAAGGAAGAAGAGCAUCUGGAUGUGGAUUCCACCCCGCCGGACAGCCCGAUUUCAAGCUGCAGCAUUGGUGAGAAUGAGGAGACCAAGGUGGUCCCACUGGUCUUUCGGCAUAAGAACUUAGCUGGGCAUCCACAGCAUGAAAUUCCACCCAAACCUGUGGCCAACUCUGCCCCGACCCCUGCCAUAGUGCGCCCUGGCUCACUUCCCCUGCAUUUCAACUAUGAUCCUCUGCAGCCCACGUUGCCCUCACCGACCUCCGUCAUCACGCAAGCACCGCCCUCCAACCGACAGCUGGGAUCACCUACCACCACUUGCUCUGUGCUGAUGCAGCUACCCAGUGGCCAGAGUGUGCCGUGCCUUCCUGGACCUCAUAUGCCGAUGACAUCUGUCAUAUCUCUGGCCCGCCCGCUCUCGAUGGUGCCCAACAUUCCUGGCAUCCCAGGGCCCCCCCUGAACAGCAGUAGCGGAUCCACCUCUCCCUCCAGCCUCCACACACAGUCUGAAGCAAAGAUGCGUCUGAAGGCUGCACCUCACCAAGCCCCGGGCGGUCUCAACGGAGCCAUGAUGAUGGGAGCUGCUAGCAGUAUGGUGGCUUCACGCCAGGAACAAAGCCAGUUACUGGUGCAGCAGCCUGAUGCACCCUCUCCAGCACAGCCACAGGUGUCUCCAGCCCAGCCAACAGGUGGACGGCGACGACGAGCUGCAGAUGAUGACCCAGACGAGCGAAGGCAGCGUUUUCUUGAGCGCAAUCGGGCCGCUGCCUCUCGCUGUCGUCAGAAGCGUAAGCUGUGGGUGAAUUCCCUAGAGAAGAAGGCGGAGGACCUGACGAGCAUGAAUGUGCAGCUCUCUAAUGAAGUUUCCUCUUUGAGGAACGAAGUGGCUCACUUAAAGCAGCUGCUUCUAGCUCAUAAAGACUGCCCUGUCACUACGCAGCAGAAGAAGACUGCUUACUUGGGAGAGGAAAGCCCAAAGGACAGCACGGAGCCGAUCGGAUCCCCAGCCGCCGUGAUUCAGCACAGUUCCCUGACUGUCGGCACUGCUGCACACAACGGGCUGAACUCCCGCGCGGCCGCUGAGAUCAUGGCCACCUCGGUUUUGGCUGGCAUGGGCAGCCAGCGCACUGAACUUGGUGGCCCCAUUCCAGCUCACGUCAUCAUAGCCCCACAGUCGCAGUCUGCAGGCAGAUGAUGCUCUCACAACGUGACCUCCUGACAGAACCCCCGAACGCCACCAAUGGCCAGAGACUGUGGCGUGGCAAUAGGGGUGGGACAGAUGGCCCGGAUGCGGGCAGAGCCCCGUGGCACACAGCUGGAAGUGGCCUGCGGUGGGGGUGGGGGUGGGGUGGGGGUCAGCAGGGCAGCCAUGGAGCUUCCUGUUACUAUUUUAGCGGAACACAUCGAGCCAUAAGACGAUGAUUUUCAUUACUUUUUGGUUAUCUCUCCUAAUCAUGAUGACUCUAAGACGAUCGUAUCGAUUUACUGUGGAUUUUUUUUCUUUGCUUUAUGAAAUAUGUAUUUUGAUUUGAUUUUUUUUUCCACAAUUGGCAGUUUGGGGGAAAGUUAAAGCUCCUUUGCAGUUGAGCAUGUAACACUUCAAAUUGUGGCCUGUUGGAUGCGCCCUCUGUUGCGCUCUCUCUCUCUCUCUCUCUCUCUCUACCAUAAUAUUAAGAAAACUUAAGGCACUUUUUCUUUUUUAAAAACCGUAUUUAUGGAGAUUUUUUUCAGCCAGGAGUUGGUCCUGAUAUUGAAAUUCCCGGCACUGAUUCUUGGAGGACUGGGCACCACUGAGCUGGUCUCAAAAAGGCCUGCUUCCCCUCAGCUGUACUGAGUGGCGCUGAUGGACCAGGGUGCCACGUUAGGUUUCUCACUCCAUUUGAUAUGCCUGUAUGUGGGCUGGAGGCCACUUAAUUGCUGCUGCUGUGCUCUCUUGCAAAGCGCUAUAUGAGGUGGACACUGUCUUGAUGCCAUAGUGGCAGUGCCGUUGCGGGUUGUCCUCUUUCUCGUUGGCUCUGUGAAUUGUAUUUAUUGUGGUGUGGGUUCAGUUAGCAGGGUUGAGUUAUGCUGGUGAUGGUGGUGAGUUUGGGGUCGGGCAGGCGGUCACUGGCAUAGCUUGGCUGCAGCACCCGAGUUGGACUGAGCAGCGUCAGCAACUCUUUGCUCUGUUUUUCGAUUUCUUGUCCAACUGUGCAAAAGUAUUUGCCCCCUUUCUGACAUCCUGUGGUUUUGCAUAUUUUACAUACCGAGUGGCCUCAGGCAUUCAGACAAAAUGUAGUAUUGGAGAAAGGGAACCUGAGUGAACACACAUUGCAGUUUUAUUAAUUUAAGGCGCAAAGUUAUCCAGCACCCCCAUUCCAAAAAAAGCCAUUGCCAACUGCUGGCUUCAAUAUCUCCAUUGGGUACAAGUCAGGACUUUGACUCUGCCCCUCCUGAACUUCUGAGCCAUUCAGUUGUCAACACACUUUUAUUUUUUGGCUCCUUGUCCAGCUUCAUAACCCAGUGACGCUGAUGACUGGACAUUCUCCUUAAGAAUAUUCUGCUCGAGUGCAUAAUUCCUGGUUCCUUUAAUAAUGGAAAGUCUUGAAGGCAUCUCCUCCCCAUCACACCAGCACCUCCGUGUUUUAUUGUAAGGCAGCUACUGUAUGCCAGACACUGCGGAUCCUGUGUGGUCCAAAGAGUUCAACAUUUGACUCGUCUAUCGUAAUUCUACAACGCUUGAGGACCGUCCAGGUGUUUCUUUGCAUUGAUGUUCCCUCUUGCAUAGCAGAGGCGUCCGCCUUGCUGCUCUCCCAUUCUUUUCCCCUCCGUCUCUUUCUUAUUGUGGUGUCCUAACCGCUGAUCCUAGCUGAGGCUCGAGUGUUUUUUGGAUUUUCUUCUGUAAUCCUCAGUGAUUUCUUAAAUAAUUUAUCACUGUACCCAUUGGGGGUCAUUUGGGCAGGCCAGACAUUCCUGAUCCAAAUGUUCUCCAUUAAUGGCUGUCAUUGUGGGGGCUUCCCCCACAGGCUUGAUCACUCUCUCCUAACUGGUAAAUGUCAACAAAUUUUGUUUUGUCAUUUCUUCUUGAUUGAGUCCUAAUGUUCUUGUAGUGCCCACUUCACUCUUAUGAUGAGGGUCGGCGUAUGCUGAGGUUUAAAUUAAAAGGACUGGAUGUGACUCUAAUGAUCAGUGCGCUGGUUAAGAGAAUAUCUAAGGGGACAAUUACCUUUUCACAGCUUUUGGAUAACUUUAUGACAUAUUAAGCAGCAAUUUAGAAAUGGUUUCAUGUUUACACAGUCCCCUUUGUCUAAUAUUACAUUUUAUCUAAAGAUCUGAAGCCAUUAAUUGUCCCAAAUGCUCAAACUGGAGUAUAGCAGGUAGGGGCAAAUACUUUUUCACUGCACCAUAUAUGGCUGUUGUAGCAGGUGGUCCACAGGCCCUUUUAACAUUUGAUCCCUUAUUUUGACAUCAAGGAUUCAAAAUGCUGACCUCUUAACAGGUGAAGCAAAUAAAUGGCACUCGCUUACAAGCCAACUGGGAUGGCAGUUCUUGAAAUUCAAAAUGCGGAUUUUAAAAUUAUGAUUGCUUUCCAAAAUAUGUAAUAAUAAUAAUUCUUUGCAUUUAUAUAGCGCUUUUCUCACUACUCAAAGCGCUCAGCAAUUGCAGGUUAAGGGCCUUGCUCUUUUGGCAUUUACGGGAUUUGAACCGGCAACCAUCUGAUUGCCAAUGCAGAUCCCUAGCCUCAGAGCCACCACUCCGACACUCUCACCAUGGGAGAAAGGACUAGGUUACCAGCCCGAUGAUCCUUUUUAUUAAUAACAAAAAAACAGUCAUCCUCAUAAGACAAAAACAACUACAGUUGCCCCCUUGAAAACAGCCCUUCUCCUUCUAAUGGCUCCUUCAGAGUGAAAAUCUUUAUCUAUUUAUUGUGGUUGUCCUGGAAGGGGAGGGGCUUCCUGAGGUAGGGGCGUGGUCAUAGAUUCCGCUUAUUAAGAGUUGCAGGAAAAUAAAGGGAGAGAUGGUUAACAACCGUGCCUCCUCUCGUCCCGGGGCUGGUAUUGCUUACCUCCACAGAGCCUUGAAGGUGCCUACCUCCCACCCCCCCUAGCCCAUGUAUGUCACAUUUUAUAAAGUUAGAUAAAAAUUAAUAAAUAUGUGAUACUGACUUCUAGACUUUUGAUAUCAAAGGGCUCAAUUAUUUAAAGACUCUCCCCUUUGGCCUGUUAAUCGAUGGCAUAAGCAUCAGGUCAGUUCUGUGUUGGCACUUCUGUGGGUGUGUCUGUGUGAUCAGAUUGCCUUGUGGGACCACAGACGGGGCACCACAUACCAUAGCCUGGCAGUGUGAUGGAUCACGAGGCAUCCAAAUCGGAGUGAGUGAGUCCGUCGGUAUGUGAUGGUGGCGUACACCUUUUGGGAAGAUUUUGGCUUCCUCUGGACAACCAUGCCAGUAGGGUUCCUAGAGAUUGUGUAAUUCUAACUUGCAUGUGCUGUACGGCUCCCUGUCUGUAGGUGGCAGUGUACUCCUUUCUGUGUCAGUGUAGCCCCUCUGACAUUUCAAAGAUUUUGUUUUCUCCUUGUCUCCCUAUUGCAGAUGUACUCUACAGAGAGGUGACCCCCCCACCCUAUUGGCCCCUCUGUUUGGAUGGUCCGUGACUCUCAUUUGCACUUCCUGCUGGAGGUUGCUCUAGCAGUCAACUGUGAGACCUUUGACCUUCCCCUUCUCCGUAGUUUUUUUUUUUUUUUUUUUUGCACUUGCUUGACCCCCCCCCCCCCCUUAUUAGGCACCCCCCUUCCCAAACCGGAAGCUUCAGUCCACCUUUGUACUCCAAUAUGGAUGAUGAAGUCUGAGCUUUUUAAGAAAUGUAAUAAAGCCAGACAGUUAGACACAAGUGUACGGUCUCGGCGAUAGCAGAAUUUUUCCCCCCUUUUUUUUGCAUCGCCCCCUCCCCCCCCAACUGGAAUUCCCACCAAUUUAUUUUCUUUGUGUGUUAGUAUUUUUUAAAAGAUAAUAAAGUUAUAUCUAUCUUACCGCGAUGAUGAGUUAUGUGCAAUGAUGAACUUUAGCCUUACCUCUCCAGCAAACAUCUUAUUUCUGUAUCUGUAAAAUAAAAAAUAUAUAUUCUGCUUCUGAUCUGAAAUCAUGUAAAUACCGGUCUCCACAUCAAAAUAUUUUUACUACAGCCUUUCAGGGUUCUUUUUUUUUUUUUCCUUAUCUGAAGCAUCAUUUUUUAAAACAACUGUUUGUCUUGUCUUAGCUGUUUUUAUUUUAUUAUUAUUUUUUUUUUGUUUUGUUUGUUUGUUUCAAAUAAAUAAAAUGCUUUU